UCCAUAUUUCCAUUUCCAUUUCCAUUUUCAUAACCAUAACCCUUUGUCUCUCGUACCAUACCAGACAAGAUCAAUCUCCAUACCAAUGAUACUAUAAUCAUUGCGUAUCCGUAUCUAAUACAGAUUCAACCCUAGUUGAUUCUUUUACAUAUCGGUCGGUAUUGUACCUAGGUAUCAUUCCGAUAUUUCACAUUAUUCGUUCCUUCUUUCAUAGUCUCUUCUCUCUUGAUCCAACGUCUCCAAUUUUAUAUCCAUACAUUAUUUGUUAUAAUUGUUUCCCAUUACUUCAUUCAUACCAUCAGGAAGCUCAGAUUCCUAACAUCUCUCUCACAUACCUCCCAGCUCCUAAGACACUUUUUCUCUAUCUCUCUUACUUUUCCUGGCUUGAGAUAUAUUCAUCAAGCCAAAGUUCAAUAUUGUGUUCCUUGUCUUCUGCUACUCUCAAAGUUUCGACCCGUUUAGGAAAGUUUCCUCAAUAUCAACCGACUCCUUCCUCAUUGAAGAAAGAUCAAUUCACUUCAUACACUACUCUACUCAGAAUUACUCUACACUCCACAGAUCGGCAGCGGCCUACUAACUAUCUUCUCGGUUUCGUUCAUAUCAAAAUAUCUAAUAGUACGUUGAAUCUCUGUACGACGGGAUUAGACGAACUUUCCAUGGCUUCGCGGAUAGCCCAAUCUUAGCUUUGAUAGUUCGUCUUCACCUUCGACUACCACUGGUAAAACUCAUAGAAACACAUAACGCGUGUCGAGAAUCACUUGAAGAUAGUUGCCAUCCGAUCUGGAAUUCGAAUCCCACACAUACCACCUUAUUUCGAAUCUUCUCUGAGCAGCAACCCUUAAUCCUUCGAGAAAAAGCAAUCCCUCUUCGAAAGUCAACAUACACGUUCAUUCCCAAAUGCAUCAGACUUCAGUUAGACCGGCUCCGUUCAGUUUUCUUUUACCUCCUACACCACAGACUCCCUUUGGAAUCGAUCGUCGGAAGGACAUUGGUUUUCCCCUAACACUUCCACAAAUAAAUCAGUCAAGAUAUAUAGAAGCUCCGGUCAGAGUUGGGCUUCGAACACCACCCGAAGACGAUAUGCACGCAACGUAUCCAACUUCUCAAUAUCAAAACUACAAGAGUCGGCAGAAUGAAGAUUACCCGGCGUCAAUCAAUGUUGGCAGAAUGAACGAUUACGAUGGACCAGCCUGUCAUUCGCGAAAGCCUUCGUUAAUCCCCCAAGCGCCGGGAGCUCACAUUAAUAGUGCGAUAAAAAACUCAGAGACCUUGCAACCUGAGUCGUCUUAUAACUGGCCUCCAGUGAAGGAAAACCAUCAAUCUCAAGCUACUGCCCUGUCUACAUUGGAGUCUGAAUCCACUCGAAAGCCGCAAGCCAAAAAGCCAUCAACUACAGAUACUAUUCACCCCAGUUUGCAAAUCCCAAAAUCAAUAAAUGACAGCGGUGGGAGUUUAGCCGAAUUUGCAGCUCAGAUUACCUGUUUGUUCUGGUUUGAGUCCACCGAUACUCUGAAGAGGGCGGAAAACUCGUGGGUGGGAUCAACGACAACAGAAAGGCUCCGUCCAGAAGCUUUCCCAUCGGUUGGGUUCACAAAAUGGGUUGUUACGAUUCUCAUGACUACGCAGGUGUCACAAAAUGUCAUCUUGUUGGCACUACUUUUCAUCUACCGUCUGAAAUCCAUUAACCCAGCAGUCAAGGGACGAAGUGGAAGCGAAUACAGGCUCUUAACGGUUGCAUUAAUGUUGGGCAACAAAUUCCUUGAUGACAAUACAUAUACAAACAAGACAUGGGCUGAAGUUUCGGGAAUUUCCGUCACUGAAAUCCAUAUCAUGGAAGUCGAAUUUUUGAGCAACAUGCGCUACAGUUUACUCGCAACCGAAGAGGAGUGGAAGGAAUGGCAACAAAAGCUUGGAAAAUUUUGGAGUUUUUGUGAUAGGGCAACAAAAUUAUCACCUCCACCCAUGUACCAACCUACCCUCCCUUCACCUCCUGCAUCGAUGCAAGCUUCGCCUCCCACACGAACAAGUCAAUACACAUCCUCAGUUGGAUCGAAUAAUCUCACCCCACAGUGGCCUGCUAGUAAUAGUGUCGCUCAGUUGGUAUCGCCCUUGACGACUAUUUCGACUCCUUCAGACCAAGAUUUCCGCCUGCAUUCAAGGAAGAGAAGUUUCCCGGAUGAUGUUGAAGAACCGGUGGCAAAGCGUGUAUCCAGGUCAACUACCUCAACGCCCAGUGACCUUGGGAAUUUUAACAUGGCUCCUAGACCUCGUUUACCGCCAGUACCUAACUUAACGAUCUCGACAAGUCAAGCAAUGAAUGGGUACAACGGUCUCCCUAGCUUUUCUCAGAACGCGCCACUCUUACCUCCUUUGCAUGGCAGUCGAGCCAUGUCCACAGUCUACCCAACCACUCCAACUUAUCCACCACCUAUUUUGAAUCACGCCUCUACUGGAAGUCAAUCUAGUGGGUCCCAAAUCACUACUUAUCAACACGGUAAUCAAAGUUUUGGAACACCAUCUCGCCAACGUAGUCCUCAUUCAGCCGUUCAGGAACUACUUGCAACCGUGCCUUCUCCGCUCAAUGCGUCCUUUCCCGGAAACACUGGUCACAUUUCACCAUCUGUAUUCUAUCAACAGCGGAACUCACCUUAUAAGCCUAUUCGUCACGUGAACACUCUCCUCUAUCCACCACCCACUGCUUCCAUGCACGAUUAUAAUGUAAACACAAAUCAUAUACAUUAUCAGCCAUUGGGUAAGAGACAUGAUUACCGAUCAGGUGUGGUGCCUGGAUACGGUCAUCAAUCUACCAACCAAUGGCCUGUACUACCUCAACCCAAUUUUCACGGAGUAUAAACUCCAAUUUCGUCAACUGAUACUAGCUGUGUCGAAUUAUUUUCAUUGUUUCUAGAAACAAAAAAGAGUCGAACUUGCCCUUGGAAGAAAGGGAAUUCGCAUGAUAUGAGCAUUUUAGCCGGGGCGUUUGUUUAUCGUUUUUUUUAUCGUUUUUUUCUUAGGGGUCAGCGAGGCUUCAUUGCAUAUUUAUUAGCAAGCAGCUGUUAUACCAUUAUUUGCAUGCAUUAAGACGGGUGUUUGGGAGUCCCUUAAAUAGGGGGACAUUGUAUUUUUUAGUCGGACAUUUUUGACGUUUUCUUCUCAUGAAGAAUGAAUUCGUGAUUGGCAAGAUGAUAUUCUGAUCUAUGGGAUUAUGUUAGAUCGGUGGAGGGUUAUGAUUAAUACAAGAAGGGAUCAAUGGUAUUUAAGCGGAAGGGCAGAAUGUAUUGGGAACAUCCUCUCAUGGAACAGAAGGCUUGUUUGAAGAGAUGGAUUGGUGAAGGAAAUCUAGAGCAUUGUAGCUCGAUUGAUACAUUGGCCUGGAAUAUCCUUACCAUACAGUUCACUUAAUGGAUAGGUUCGGUCAGAUAUACGACACAUAACUUGUGCGUUGCUUUACUGGUUUAUUCUAGUGUGUGUGAUGCACAACUUCGCCUGCUGGAUAUUGUGCGUCCUAGCAACUUGGGGAUGAUCAAGAGAAGAGAGAAAUAUAAUUGAAAUAAAUAUUGAUACCCCCCAAAAUUCGUCGCAUAUUC